UUCAUUGCUGUCCCGAUUACUUCUAUAUGAUUCCAUAAAUACAGCUUUCUUCAGCUGGGUCAUUGCUUCAUAGCAGGAAGUCCUUAAAAAGUCAUGAAGACUCGGAUUUGUAAAAUAUUCAUGCGUCUGCUGCUGUAGGCUGCAACUUCACAAGUUCGCGAAACGAUCGGAAGUAGUUCUACCAUUCACUGCUGCCUGCUCGAAAUUAUGUUUAGCCACAUAGCUCUUUUUUGCCUUGUUCUCUUCGUAGCUCCCUCUGCUCGGUCUUCGACUGAUGAAUUCGUCUUCAACGGAUUCAAAAGAGCUUCUAAUCUGAGCUUGGAUGGCUACGCGCGCAUCACAAACGAUGGCGCGAUUCAACUUACCAAUGAAACUAUGAGAGUGAUGGGUCAUGCCUUCUUCUCCUCUCCCGUACGCAUGCUCGAUAGUCAGCACAAAAAUUUAUCAGCACUUUCUUUCAGCACGAUUUUUGUGUUUGACAUCAUCACCGCUGACGGUGAAGGCGGCGGCACCGGCUUGACCUUCGUCAUGUCGCCAUCCAAAACACUCCCUCAAGCCGAUUCCGGUGCGUAUCUUGGACUCUUCGGUGCUGGAAACAAUGGAAAUUUCUCCAAUCAUGUCUUCGCGGUCGAAUUCGAUACAGCCUAUAUCCCCGGGAUGUUCAACGAGACCAACGACAACCACGUCGGGAUUGACAUAAAUAGCAUUAUCUCGAACAUCUCAACACCGGCCGGCUAUUAUUCAAACGAUUCAAAGAAGGUUGAUUUGGAAUUAGAAAUGGGGAAACCAAUUCAGGUGUGGAUAGAGUAUAGUGGCGACAUGAUGGUCGUCAAUGUGACCAUUGCUCCUCUGUCCGUACCUAAACCCAGCCGCCCCCUCAUAUCAUACACCGUCAAUCUCUCACCGAUUUUCAAAGAGCAUAUGUAUGUUGGCUUUUCCGGUGCAACCGGACAAAUUGUAAGCUCACACUACAUCUUGGGUUGGAGCUUCCAGACUAAUGGAAUGGCCGCACCUCUCGAUAUUUCUCAACUGUCAAUUCCUCAGCCGCCGAGUGCUAGUUCGUCUUCAAAUUCCAGUUCCAUGGCCUUGGCAAUCAAGAUUGGAGCGAUAACUUCUAUCGCUACGCUGAUCGCUGUGGGCACAGGGAUCUCCAUCUUCUUUUAUCUACAACAGAGAGCAAAACUCGCGGAGACUCUUGAGGAUUGGGAGCUUGAUCACCCCCACAGAUUCCGAUAUAAGGACCUUUACAAGGCGACUAAGGGGUUCAAAGAGACCGAGCUCCUCGGUCGCGGUGGCUUCGGGCAUGUCUUCAAGGGUGUAAUAAAGCACGCCGGAGAGGAAGUGGCCGUUAAGAAGAUCUCGCACAAUACUAGACAAGGGAUUAGAGAAUUCAUCGCGGAGAUCGCGAGCUUAGGGAGGAUGAGACACAGGCACCUGGUUGAGCUCAAAGGGUGGUGCAAGCGGAACGAAGACCUUCUCCUCGUCUACGAGUUUAUGCCCAAGGGGAGCCUCGAUAUGCUCCUCUUCGACGGUGAAAAUAGUACAAUACUUAGCUGGCAGCAACGGUUCAAGAUCCUCAAGGGCGUUGCCGCAGGAAUUCUCUACUUGCACCAGGAAUGGGAGCAGGUGGUCGUCCACCGAGACAUCAAGGCGAGCAAUGUGCUCCUUGACGCCACCAUGGAUGCGAAGAUCAGCGAUUUUGGGCUCGCGAGGCUGUACGAGCACGGGAAUAAUCUCCACACGACCCAUGUAGUAGGGACUUUAGGCUACAUGGCACCCGAGUUAUCACGCACGGGCAGAUCCACAACCAGUUCGGAUGUGUUCGCUUUUGGGGCAUUGCUCUUGGAAGUAGCUUGUGGUCGACGGCCAAUCAAGUUUGAGGCACCGCCAAACGAGCUGAGUCUGGUGGAUUGGGUGAGAGAGUGUCAGGAGAAGGGUGAGCUCCUACAAGUGGCAGAUUCGAGGCUUCAGAAGUGCUACAACAAGGAAGAGAUGGAGUUGGUGCUCAAGUUAGGGUUGGUCUGCUGCCAAUCGGUUCCGGAGGUCAGGCCGAGCAUGAAGCAGGUGAUCCAAUACCUCAACGGCGACGAGCAUCUUGCAGAUGAUGCAGGCCUCAUAUUCUCUGAAGGAGAGUCACUGGAUUUGGCAUCCGUUAGGAUUUCAUACGCUUCGUCCUAUGCGAUGGCGUCGACGAGCUCCCUCACAGGAGGAAGGUGAAUGAAUCAUGUCAGGGUAUCAAGGAGUUUCGGAUAAUCUGGUGCCAGCGUGAUUAAAUUAUUGUCGAUUAUAAGUUCUGCAGUGUUAGGCUUGAGAGGAGUUCCAAGUUU